UCAAAAACAGUAGGGCAUUUUUAACUUUUUUGCCCUUUUUUCAUGAUAAGGAUAAAGGUGACAACAGGAAAUUUGCAUCAUUUGCAACUCCCGCCGUCGUUCCCGUUGGAAAAGUAAGCCGGGAUACCACCGGAACCAAACCCAGAAAUCUGUGCGGCUGCGAUCUCGGAAUCCUCAUCGGAAACCGGUAAAGUCGGAGAAAUGACCGAGUUGGAGAACAUUAAUCCACAUAUCUACAAGAAAUGCGAGGAUCGCAAGGUGACCAAAGACGAUGAAGAUGAAGACGUAGUCGAUCUGUUCGAUGAACGGGAAAUUUUUGACUUAAUUCGAAAUAUCAACGAUCCGGAACAUCCGCUCACGCUGGAGGAGCUGCACGUGCUUGAGCAGAGCUGUAUAAAGGUGGACAACGAGAAGAACACCGUGCAAAUUUUAUUCACACCGACGAUUCCGCACUGCAGUAUGGCCACUCUGAUCGGACUCUCGAUUCGGGUAAAACUCCUGCGCGCGUUGCCUCCUCGGUUUAAGGUUUCCGUCGAAAUCAAUCCGGGAACGCAUGCCUCUGAGCACUCGGUCAACAAGCAGCUAUCGGACAAGGAACGGGUUGCGGCAGCCUUAGAGAACACGCACCUGAUGGAGGUAAUCAAUCAGUGUAUCUCGAGUCCUCUGAAAUAAAGCGCUCGUAGAGCUAGGGCAUAACUUUUUAACUUUGCUU